AUGUCUGCACUGCCGGUUCAGGUAUCAAACGAGGCCUCAGAGGGCACUGCAAUGUCUUUGCCAGAAGUAGACAAAUGCCCAGUUGUCCUCGCAGGGAGUGAUCGCCCGCAACCCGAUGAGGCGAAGAAAGACGACGAUCUCGGCGAGAAAGCUUCCUUCUUUGCUCUCUUUCGCUAUGCUGAUGCGUUUGACUGCAUCCUCAUCCUCAUUUCGUUCGUCUGCUCCCUCGCAACCGGCGCAGCUCUCCCUGCCUUCACGCUGUUCUUCAAGGACCUCAUCAACGGAGGGUUUGAAUCCGGCUCGCUCUCUGCCAGUAAGGUCAACGAGAAGGCACUUUUGUUUCUCUGGAUCAGCCUGGGCUUGCUCGUAUGCGGCUCCAUCUCCAACGGCGCCAUGCUCUUGGCCGCAGCCAACCAGGGAUCAAGGCUGCGGAGGCAGUACGUGAAGGCCAUCUUGAGACAGAACGUCGCUUGGUUUGACACCCAGAAGACUGGAGAGAUCACCACGUCGAUCGAGCGCGACUGCUCCAACGUGCAGGGGGCCAUAGGCGAGAAGGCCGUACUCUUCGUUCAUAACCUGUCCACUUUCGUGUUCGGCAUCGCGCUUGGGUUCUGGCAAGGGUGGGAGAUGGCUUUGGUGCUCUGUGCGUGCUUGCCGCUGCUGGCCGGGGCUGGAGCUUGGAUGGCAAAGAGCCUGGCAGACCUUGCUACUAAGGGAGAGCAGGCGUAUCGCUCUGCAGGAGCUGUUGCGGAGCAGGCCAUCACCGGGAUCAGAACUGUAGCGUCGCUGCGAGGAGAGCAACGAGAGAACCAGAGGUACUGCUCGAACCUGGACGAGGCGCUGGACAUGGGAAUCAAGAAGGCUCGUACCAAUGCGUUGGGAAUGGGAUCUGUGAUGGGUAGCUUCAUGGGCACUUAUGCGCUUGGACUGUGGUUUGGCAGCUGGCUGAUCGUGCAUGGCGUUACCAACAGCCGCACUGGUGUUCUCUACUCAGCAGGAGACGUGAUUCUAGUCUUCUUCUCUGUGGUGAUGGGAGGCUUUAGUCUCGGUCAGGUCGGGCCUUGUGUGCAGGCGUUCAUGAAGGGCCAGGCGUCAGCUAAGAGAAUCUUCGACAUCAUCGACCGCAAGCCCCCCAUCGACAUCGAAGAUCCGUCAGGCGAGAAGCCAGCAAGUGUCAAGGGUGACAUCUGCCUCAAGGGCAUCGCCUUCACCUACCCAGCCCGCCAGGACGCUCCCAUCUUCACCAACCUCGACCUCAACAUCGCAGCGGGUCAGACGGCGGCGCUGGUCGGGGCCUCGGGGAGCGGCAAGAGCACGGUGAUCCAGCUGCUGCUUCGCUUCUACGACCCGGACGCGGGGCAGGUCAUGCUGGACGGCAGAGACCUGCGAACGCUCAACGUCAAGUGGCUGCGCGAGCACCUGAGCAUCGUGUCACAGGAGCCGAUCUUGUUUGCGGUGUCGAUCGCUGAGAACAUCAAGUACGGCAAGCCCGACGCCUCCAUGGACGAGAUCGAGAAGGCGUCGGUGGCGUCCAACGCUCACAUGUUUAUCUCCGGGCUUCCGGGCAAGUACGACACGCUGUGCGGGGAGAGAGGGACGCAGCUGAGCGGCGGUCAGAAGCAGAGGAUCGCGAUUGCGCGCGCCAUCAUCUCCAACCCCAAGGUGCUCCUGCUGGACGAGGCCACGUCGGCCCUGGACUCGGAGAGCGAGAAGCUCGUACAGGGAGCGCUGGACAACCUCAUGGACGGGAGGACCGUCGUGGUGGUCGCUCACCGCCUGUCGACCAUCCGCAACGCAGACAAGAUCUGUGUCUUCCAGACGGGCACCAUCGUCGAGGAGGGGACGCAUGAGGAGCUGUACGCGAAGCAGGACGGCUUCUACCGGGAGCUUGUCUCGAAGCAGAUGAUGGCGGGAGAGGCGGCGGUAGGAGGGACUCCAGCCACAACAGAGGAGAAGCCAACCCAGGCAAGUCAGCCUGUGCAGGACACAGUGUCAGCGACCAAGUCUACGACAGAUGUGGUGCUCAAGGAGGUAAGCGAGGAGGAGAAGAAAGCCGAGAAAGGCUACCUGAGCCGAGCGUUCAAGCUGAACAGCCCGGAGUUCUUCCCUUGGGCCUUGACAGGGUCGAUCGGGGCUUGCUUGAACGGAGCUUUGUUUCCUGUGCUUGCGCUGCUGCUCACGGAGAUGCUCGCUGGGUACAGCAUGUGCCUUGAAAAAGAAAACGUGGACCCUUUCAACCCCGGCAAGAAGGUUGUGUUCUCAAUUUUCAUGGACGAUACGAGCUGCGACACCUCCUGCGUCUAUCGCAACGGCCAGUGGAUAGGCACCUGUACCGCUCUCAACAACACCAGGAUGUGGUGCUACCAAGUACCUAACGUGGAUCCAGUCUUCUUCUAUCGGUUCUACAGCGAGCCGAGCGUGUGCUUCAACCUGAUGGAGACUAAGAUCGUCAAGUACUGCUAUGGCUUCGUCGGGUUGGCCGUUGCUGCUUUCGUUGCCAACUUCCUGCAGCUCUUCUCCUUCGGGAUCAUGGGCGAGCAUCUCACGCAGCGGCUGAGGAAGCUGUGUUUCGCCUCCGUGCUGCGGCAGGACGUUGGCUUCUUCGACUACACGGAGAACGCGAGCGGAAGCCUGACGACCAAGCUUGCCAAGGACGCUUCCUUGGUAGAGAACGCGGUCGGAACCACUAUCGGCCUCAUGAUCCAGAACAUCGUUGUCAUGGCGAUCUCUUUGACGAUCGCGUUCAUUCGAGGCUGGAUGCUGACGCUGAUCUGCUUCUCGACGUUCCCGCUGAUGGUGAUUGCGGAUAUGCUGCAAAUGCAAUUUAUCGCGGGAUCUGGCGGAGACUUGUCGAAAGCUUAUGAGGUGCCUGUUGUCAUUUGUGUUGCUCUUCGAUCAUGUCAUGGAUUGAUCAGCACUCGUGUCAGCUAUGUACAGAUGUUUUCACUGAUGUUGCUGUUGUUCUUCCAGAAAGCCACAGCUAUUGCCAGCGAGGCAGUUGCUGGGUUGCGAACUGUCGCCGCGUUCUCAGCAGAGGAGAAGGUGGAGGACCUCUACCAUUCCGCGCUAGACUCCGAUACGGGCGGUCAACGCAAGACUGCCUUGGCUGCAGGAGUAGGUCAAGGGUUCUCGCUGUUCACAAUGUUCUUCCUAUAUUACUGCGGUUUUGCGGGAGGGGCUUACCUCAUGGAUCAUCAUGGUUACACCUUCAAGGAUGUGCUGCAGGUGUUCUUCUCCGUCACCUUCAUGGGCAUGGCGGCUGGCAUGGCAGGGUCCCUCGCUCCGGACAUUGCCAAAGGCAAGCCAGCGCUCAUUGCUAUCUUCAAGCUGAUUGAUCGGGUACCCAAGAUUGACAUUCAAGACGAGGGCGGAGAGAGGCCUGCCUCUGUGAAGGGCGACAUUGAGCUGAGGAACGUUCAUUUCGCGUACCCUGCUCGACCCGAAGCUCAAAUCUUCAGCGGCCUCAACUUGACCAUCAACGCCGGUCAGACAGUGGCACUUGUCGGCAGCUCGGGCAGUGGCAAGAGCACGAUUAUCUCCCUGAUCGAGCGUUUCUACGAACCAGACCAGGGGCAGGUGCUGCUGGAUGGCAAGGACAUCAAGACGCUCAACUUGAGUUGGCUGCGCUCUCACCUGGGGCUUGUCAGCCAAGAGCCGGUGCUGUUCGCUACCUCCAUCUACGAGAACAUCCUCUAUGGAAGGGAGGAUGCUCGCAAGGAAGAAGUUUAUGAAGCCGCCAAGCGCGCCAACGCGUACGACUUCAUCAUGAACCUGCCCGGCAACUUCGAGACGGAGAGCGGAGAGCGAGGAACUCAGCUCAGCGGCGGACAGAAGCAGAGGAUCGCGAUUGCAAGGGCCAUGGUCUCGAACCCGAACAUCCUGCUGCUGGAUGAGGCUACUUCCGCGCUUGACUCUCAGAGCGAGAAGAUCGUUCAGAAGGCGCUGGAAAACCUCAUGGUUGGGAGAACGGUCGUCGUCGUAGCGCAUCGCCUUUCCACCAUCCAGAACGCGGACAACAUCAUGGUGUUCAGCAAGGGGAGUGUGAUGGAGCAGGGACGACAUUCGGAGCUCAUCAAGAAUCCUGCUGGGCCUUAUUCCAAGUUGAUUGCGCAUCAGAUGCAAGCUUGA